GCUUCCUCAGCGGGGGUAGAAUAGGAAGAGGGUGUGAGAGAGAGAGAGACCGACACAUAGAAAGAGACAGAGAUAGAGAGAGAGAGAGAGCGAGAGAGAGAGGAAAGAAAAAAGAGAGGGGGCGAUCGAAAGAGGCGACGAAUGAGAGAGAAGGGAAAAACUGAGAGACAGACAGCGGUGAAACAGCGAUCGUAUCCCCUAUCAAUAUGUGCGUUAUGAAUGGAAAAUGGAGCACCUAUCAGUUUUGAGGAGUUGGUACGGAGAUUGGGUGUGGUUUGACGCCGAGACGGCGCGUCGAACUGCAAAAUCGAGAAUAAAAGCAGUACGAUAUUAGCGUAUUGCAGUCAAGCAAGCUCUCUGUUUGGGAGAGAGUUAGGUUUCAAACAUUUUUUGCAGUUGGAUGAACAACUUCUCAUAUGCAAACUAUACUACUAACUCUCCUCUUCGUUAAAGGUUUAUUAGGCCUAUUGCCGCCUAGAAAUUUAACCAUAAGUAAUCUUGGAUCGGAUACUGUGGUUAUCGAGUGGAAGAUAGCACCUAAUCAAAGGGUUCAUUCCUACGAGAUUAGAUAUCGUUCAGAAAAAUCCGAUCAAGUUAUUGCUAGACUAGGGGGGCAAUUUGAUCGGGUACUUCUCAGACAGUUAUUACCUUCCACCGAAUACUACGUCUACUUGGUCAGUUAUGAUAACCAAGGAUUACCUAGUAGGAACAAAUCAUUGAUAACAUUCGUCACCUUACCCGCUACACCGUUCAACCGAACGAAUUACCAAUAUAGUGGAGAAGAAAUCUUUAUUAUAUUCGUUGUAUUAUGCGCUUGGAUAUUUGCCGUUGUCAUAUUUAUUCAUCAAUGGCAGAAAAUUCGAGUCCUCCAACCAAGCGAACCAAGAUAUAGACACAAUCCAAAAAAUCUCGAAAAGAUCAAGGUUGUUAAGAAACCAAAAGACAGCGUCAUCUGUAGGACAUUACCAAGAAGUUUAUCUAGGACUAUGCAAGCUAGACAAAGAAAACAGUUUGAAAGGAUGCAUACAAUGCCAAAUAUUUCUCUUCAAUUGGAGGGUGGGGAGAAGGAGAUGAAAAAAUUUGAGAGGAUGAAAACGGCACCAAUUCUGCCCAUUAAAGGUGCCUUGACAACCCUUGUGGAAUUAUCAAUACAUUCCGAUCGCCCAGCACAGCUGACUGGAGAAGAAAAAAGAAAGAAGAGGAAAUCGAAAAGAUCUACAUCCUCUUCUAGGUCAAGCGUUCAUUUUGAAGAUGAGGGUAAACAAAAAACAACUUCCUUUUCGUCCUGUCCAAAUUUAAGGAAGAGCAAUAGCGUAUGCAAUUCCUUAUCAGAAGCAAGUGAUAUUUUUGUGGAACUUAUAAGAAUCGAUAGCGACAAUGAAACUGGAGAGGCCGUUUAAUAGUUCUACAAAAAAAACCUAACAAUGAUUAUUAUCAUUAAAAUUAAACUCUUGAACGAUUCAAACAAAAAAGUAAAAUAUGCCAAUGAAAGACUAUUAAUCUAUUUAUUAAACGAAAUAUCUAAUAGAUGGCGUAUCAUUUUAAUAAUAAAAACAAUAAUAGAUGGAGCAAACUAAAAUAAAACAACGCAACUAUAAAUUCAAAGUAAGGAAUAAACAUUCUUCAAUUUCAUCUUCAAGUUGAAAUAAGAAGUUGAAUCUUGAUUUAUAGCCUAUGAUACUAUUUUAUUCUCCUUUGUUUCGUCUAUUAUAAGUCGGAACUGUUUGAAGACAUCAGUCCUGUGAAAAUAUUAUUUUUCUUAUCUAUUUUCUUUUAAAAAAAAGCCAAACUAUAAAAAAAACAUGUAAAAUAAUAUAAAGAUUAGUAUUAUCAUUUUAUCAGUGACUAUACGUCAUCUGUCAGUAUGAACAUGUUCCAAUUAUUGCAAACACUGCACAGACUUAGAAAUGAUAUUGUUGUGCUGUUAUACAAUUGCAUAUACAGUAUAUACGAUAUAUAUAUAUAUAUAUAUUCAGUAUAUACAGUAUAUGUAUAUAUGAAUAUUAAAUUUUAACGAAGAAAUGUCAGUU